UAUGUCUAGAAUUUCACAAAAGACAGUAGACGGCUAGCAAGACUAAAUACGUACCGAAUUUUAAAAGACAAGUUACAGCUUGACGUGUGGUUAAUAAUGAAACUAGAAAAUUUAACGUAAACUAUCAAUCCGAAAAAUGGCAGAAAACUUAUUCUUGGAGGAUUAUAUUACUCUUGGUGUAUACUUUUGCAUUGUGCUGGCCGUCGGAUUAUGGUCAACGUUCAGACCCAACAAAGGUAAUGCCAAGGGAUACUUUCUUGCGGGAAAGACCAUGCAUUGGAUUCCGAUCGGUGCCUCAAUAUAUGCAAGUAACAUAGGAGCCCCUAUGUUCAUUGGAUUGGCUGGUUCGGCCGCAGGAUCUGGAAUAGCUGUCACCAUAUAUGAAUGGCAUGCGGUGUUUUUCCUCAUUUUACUGGGUUGGGUUUUUCUUCCCGUGUAUGUUUCAUGCGGGGCCUACACCAUACCUGAAUGGGUAAAGAAGCGAUUUGGAGGACGUCGACUGCGCAUGUAUGUGUCAUUCCUCGCUCUCCUUGGCUACAUCCUCUGCAAUAUUUCGGGUGAAAUCUAUACAGGAGCAAUCUUCCUUCAACAAAUGCUGGAAUGGAAUAUCUACUUAUGUGUCAGCAUAAUACUUGGAGUCACCGCUGUAUAUACCACAGUCGGUGGUUUGGCCUCUGUCAUCUACACAGACACCCUGCAAACCGUGAUACUCAUCAUUGGUGCAACCGUACUCUUCUUCAUGUCGAUAAUUGAAGUAGGAGGAUACGCUGCCAUGGAAACAAAAUUUAUGAAUGCCAUGUCAAAUGAGACCAGGUACAAUCGCUCUUACUAUUCCUGUGGGGUGCCUCCAGCAGACUCGUUCCACAUUUUCAGAGAUGCUGUAACGGGGGAUAUCCCCUGGCCUGGGGCUUUACUUGGGCUCUCUACCUUAGGCCUUUACGGAUGGGGUCAAGAUCAGAUAAUCGUUCAGCGAACACUGUCUGCCCGAAAUAUGGUACACGCUAAAGCAGGGACGCUGCUGGGAGCUGUGCUGAAAUUGACGGGAUUUCUGUUGUUUGUAAUUCCCGGGAUGAUCAGUCGUAUUCUCUAUACAGAGGAGGUGGCAUGUUCUGAUCCAGAUAAAUGCAUGGCGUUCUGCAACAACAAAAGUGGAUGUACCAACAUAGCUUAUCCGCUCAUGGUUCUACGUUUACUGCCAAAAGGCUUCCGUGGUCUGAUGUUGGCUGCUUUGUUGGCUGCACUGAUGAGUACCCUUACCUCCAUCUUGAAUAGUGCGAGCUCCAUCAUGACCCUGGACAUCUGGCACCAGUUCCGCAAAAAAGCUUCUCAGUCGGAGCUGAUGAUCGUGGGACGAGUUACUGUUCUUGUCCUUAUAGCCCUCAGUAUACUGUGGCUGCCCAUUCUACAGCAGACACAGGGUGGACGGUUCUGGUUUUACGUGCAGUCUGUGAGGUCCUACCUUAUACCUCCACUUUGUAUGAUGUUUCUUUUAGGGUUAUUUUGGAAGCGAACAACGGAACAGGGCGUGUUUUGGGGACUGAUGCUGAGUAUCGUGGUGGGAUUUGUACGCAUGGUUCUAGAUUUUACUUUUCUCGCACCUGCAUGUGGCAGUAACGAAGUGGACGCAAGACCGGAAAUCAUUUCCAAAGUGGAUUUUCUACACUUUGCAACACUUUUGGCUUUGUUUGCAACCAUUGCUAUGGUGGUCAUCAGUUUAUGUACUCAACCCCGUACGGAAAAGCAGCUUCAUCGAUUGACAUGGUGGACAAAGGAUGAUAAAGCAGAACCGGAACUGACUGACGACGAGGAUGAAGAAGUUCAUAUGUCAUUCCUUAAAAAAGGAAAAGAAUUUGAAACUAUGCAGAUACAGGAGAAUGGUCAAACAACUGAGAAUGAUGAAGCUGGAGAACAACGACUAAAGACUAAGUGUAGAAACUGGGUGUGUGGAAUCGAUGAGGAUGCAAAGCAGGCAAUGACAACACAAGAACUGAAAGAAAUCCGAAGAAAGAUGACGUCAUUAGAAGAGGACUCAAAGAUGAAGAUCAUUCUGAAUGCGUCUGCUAUUGUCAUCAUCAUCUUGACUAUUGUUUUACUAGUUUACUUUGGUUAGAAUUUACGAAACCACACAUUUGCGUUCCGUUUCGAAAUAAAAAAGAGAACUUUUCAAAGACUUAACUAAUGAAAUUAGAGAAAAUUGUUUUUUCACCUUUCGGAUGAGUAAAUUGAUCGAAAUCUUUUAUUGUGAUUAUUUAAAUAUCUAUACAUUUUUUACUUUUCUAAAAAAAAUGCCAGUACAGUGUAAAUAUCAACUGUGAUAGCAUAACCCGACUUGCCCUCGAAUGUUUAACAGUAAUUAUAGAACAAAUACAUGUACAUACUGACCAGAUUUGCACUAUUAGACUGUACCGCUUAUGGAAGCAGCAGCACACAUAAGAAGAACCUGUUCCAUUUUACAUUGACUUCACUAUUGAUACAGGCACGUAGCACGUUUUCUAGCAGCAACCAUUUUUCUUCAAAUUACAUAUGUUUGGAGUAUGUAAAUAAUUUAAAUGAAAAUAAGGAAACUAAGAGUGAAAUUAAAGUUAUAGAUACAUGUACAUAGAUAUACAUGUACUACAGUAAUAGAUAUACUACAGCCACACCCCCCCCCCUUCCCCCAGCGGAUUAGGAUUUUGAAGAUUUUGGAGAAAUUUUUAUCUCCCCCCCCCUUUUGGUGGCUUUUUUUUUGCUU